CAGAAGAAGGAGAAAGGGUUAAGAGUGUAGAGAGAGAAGGAGAGAAGACGAGAGGGUUUACAGUGGGAAUAUCUACGAUCGUUCGGUGGCAAUUUGGUAAAUUUGAUGAGUGACAGAGGAGCAGGGGCAGCGCCGGCGGCGGCUGCGGCGGGAGGUCUGGUGACGGACCACCAAAUAGCGGAGGCGCUGGAGGUUCUGCUUCGCGACGCCAGUUCGUUCACCUCCCUAAACGGUGUCGUACAGCAGCUCGAAUCCAAAUUGGGCGUCGAUUUGAGCCACAGAAUCGACUUCAUUCGCGCACAGAUCCAGCAUUUCCUUCUCCAGCCCCACCCGCAGCCUCACCCGCAGACACACCCGCAGAAUUACGUCCCCCAGCACCACCAGCGGGACCAUUUCUCCAUAACUCAAACCCCUAGCUUUCACCCGCAGCAUCCGCCUCCGAAUUUCACCGUGCACCAUGCCGCGGCAGAGGGCUAUGGUUUCCUCCCGCCGCCGCAGCCUCAGCCGCAAUUGUCUCAUCCUCAGCAGACGGCGCCGGUGUUGGCGAAAGACACUAGCGGCGCGACUCCCAGUGCUCCUGCUAAAGAGAGUGCUCCACCUGCAAGAAAAAGAAGAGGUGGGCCAGGUGGCCUGAACAAACUCUGUGGCGUUUCACCGGAGCUUCAAACCAUUGUGGGUCAGCCUACCAUGCCAAGGACAGAGAUUGUGAAACAGUUGUGGGCUUAUAUAAGGAAAAACAAUCUUCAAGAUCCAAACAACAAAAGAAAGAUAAUUUGCAAUGAUGAGCUCCGUUUGGUAUUCGAGACGGAUUGUACUGACAUGUUUAAGAUGAACAAAUUGCUGGCCAAACACAUACUCCCCCUCGAGCCUACAAAACAGGCAGGGGAAGUUGCGAAGAAAGCGAAAGUUGGGUCGGUUGCAGAGGAGCCUUCGAUUAAACGUGACGAGCCUAUACCAAUUGUUAUGAUAUCUGAAGUACUUGCCAAUUUCAUUGGAACUGAAGAGAGGGAGAUGGCGCAAGCAGAAGUAUUGAGGCAGAUGUGGGAGUACAUAAAAGUUCAUCAGCUUGAAGAUCCUUCUAACUCGGCAGCCAUCAUAUGCGAUGCAAAACUACAAGAGCUUCUCGGAUGUGAAAGCAUUUCAGCUCUCGGUAUGCCUGAGAUCUUGGCACAGCGCCAUUUACAGAAGAAAUCAUGAUUGUCCAUACUGACUGACGCAAUGGUAAAUGCUAACUCAUUCGUGUUCUGACAUCUUUCGCUUGUGCUAUCUUGGAUGGUCCAAGAUUUAAUGACUAUGUUGGUAGAGUUGUGAGGUUGUUCUAUGGAUGAAUAUAUAUAUAUAUAUAUAUGACUUUGGUUAUUGCUGGCUAGUAUUGCUUACAGAACUUCCAUUCUUUCAAUGUUGAAAGCAUGUAUCGAUGUAAUUAAGCUGACGAAUGCUAGGAGAAUCCUUGUAAAAGUAGGAUCUAUGCUAUACUUUGUUGGUGUAAAAUGGUUAUCAACAUAUUAGGUCACUGUAUUUGCAGAAUCCUGUGUUGUUUCUGCCUAUAUUCUUUGUUUGUUUCCUCUUUA